CAAACGAAAGUCGAAAGUUUGUUGAUGAUAUGAAUGGGAAAAAAUCUCUUUCGGACCUAGUAAAUGAAUAAAUAAUUCUGUAAGAUACGACGUAACUCGCUGAAUUUGGUAUGUAUGGCCACAGGUAGCCCAGGCUCUGUCAAUGAGUAAUUUGAACCGUUUUUUGAAAAUUGACCGUUAAUAGAGAGAUCAUAUGGAGUUGUUACUUUUUUAAUAGACGGCAUCAAGUACUCUAUCACAUUGGAUUGGAUUUAUUACAUUUUUUUGGAGGAAUACUACUUGCAUAAAGUAACAGCUAUAUGUUCUCUCUAUUAACGGUCAAUGAGGUCGGUUUAAAUUAUUCAUUGACAGAGCCUGGGCUAACUGUGAUGUAACCACGACUUAAAACAUCAGGUUUGGCAGGAAGGCUGGAGUGGAGUGGAGUUGGGGAUCCUACUUUUUAAAUGUUCUUCACUGACAGUACCCCAGGAAGAAUGCAUCAUCUGGGACACAUCAUUCACAGUGCUGUGAAAAGGCAUGGCGAAGAUAAAGUACACUGUGAUGACCCUUGUCACUACCACCAUGAUCAUCAUGGUCAUCACCAUGAUCCCCACAAUCGACUCCAUGAACGCCACCAUCAUAAUCAUCAUCAUGGGCAUCAUAUGCCCCCAUCACACUGCCCGCCACCUCACUGCCUAUCAUCUCAUUGCCCGCCACCAAUGCAACACUACCCGCUCCCACAUGGGGCUACCAUCCCCAAGCACCCUACCCUGGACAUUCACCACUAUCGGGACAGCCCUACUAUCCAGGCAGCCAGCCCCCUUCCCGUAGGGAUGCAUACCCUCCCCCUGACGGGGCAUACCCACCAGCUGGGAGUGUAUACCCAUCCGCACCUGGUGCCUCUGGGGGAUACCCUGGAUAUGGGGCCCAGCCACCCCCUAACAGAUGAGUGAGGUAAAGCUACUGACACGUUGAGUAGCAAGGGAGGGGAGGGGGCAGUACUUGGCGGUACUACAGGUGCGUAGGACAUCAUAAGCAAGUAGCUCAGGUUCACAAUAUGAAACACCACCUCGAUCAUUUUACAUUGUUUUAGACAUCUGCCCUCCCCCCUUCUCCCUCCUUUGCAGAUCUUACUGUUAUGGGUCAAGAAAGAUGCUGUACAAACAACUGCUAUUACAAUUAUUUGCAUUGAAAUAAUUUUUAUUCAAUUUAAUCUUUACAUAAACAAACAUUUUGUGAUCGCAUAUUUUUCUCAUUUAUUGUCUCAAUCAAAUUUUACUUUCGUUUCUUUGAAUACUGUUUAUUAUUUCAAUUAUAGUAAAUCAUAUCCAUGUUUCCAUUUUUCCUUCCUUCAUUAGCAUCUGUUGAGUAAAGCAAACAAAUGCAUAUACUCACUGACAAGAUUUGAAUCGCUGGGAUUUAUUGCUCUACCUAUGAAUUUACAACUUAUACUUUAACAGAUUAACACAAUAAUCACUUUUUUAAAUUCUCAAGUAUAGGAAAAGUUAUUGGAAAGAAGAGGCAAGUUCAGGCAUUGAGGCAUGUGUGAGAGAAUUUGAAUCAUUGUCUUUUCUUGGAUGUAUAUAACACUGCAACCAGAAUGUUUGUUUUGACCAUAUCACCUGCAAGAUUUGCAAACUAAACAUAUCUCAACAAUUCUCAAUACAUGAAUUCUUGUUUGUGAUUUGUCAGAAGACAAUAAACAUUCCACACAUACUUUGAAUCUAAGGUUUUAUUUUAUCCAAAAAACAGCAUUGCAAGCUUAUAGUACUUAGUUAUUAGUUUAAAGAAAAUAGACCUAUGUAUUGAAUGUAUGGAAUCACACACAAAAAAUCCUACGACAAUUUUUUUCUGUCUUAUGUAUUGUCUUUCUUACCUCACAUGUCUAGUAUGGUGGUGGAGCACUUCCAUAGCCAGGGUAGCCCCCUGGAGGAGGGUAUUCACCAUGCUCUGGGGGAGGAUGAAUUCCAGGUUGUGGAUACCCCCCUGGGGGAAAUUGACCUCCUGGCUGAGGGUACCCCCCUGGGGGAAAUUGACCUCCUGGCUGAGGGUACCCCCUGGGGGAAAUUGACCUCCUGGCUGAGGGUACCCCCCUGGGGGAAAUUGACCUCCUGGCUGAGGGUAUCCACCUUGGGAGUGGUUUGCUUUGUAUGUCUGACCAUAGGGGCUGAACUGUAAAAGAAUCUUUAUUAGUCUCCUUCACAGCUAAUCUGACCCCUGUCACACAAUAUGUAACGCAACUACAAUCUUCAACAAAAGUAAGUGGGACACUUCCCAUACGAACAACCGCCAACCCUCUCCCCCCGAUUAAUAUUGGUUAGAGGCGAUUUUUCAGCUCAAAACACAAGCAGUAGCAAGGUGAUCAUUUGCCCUCCAACAUUGAGAAAGGGGGAGGGAAAGUGCCCCAUUAGUUUUGUAACAGAUUGUAGGUUGCUUAACAAGGUCAAGUAAUAGUAAAUCACCUGAGUUAUCUAAGCAAUGUCGAUUAAUCUAUGGUUGUUACACUCCAAGUCCUCUUACCAGUAGUUUGACCUCAAACAUUGCAGGCUCAGUUCCUGCAUACACUGACGCAGGGGGCAUCACGCUUCCCUUGCUAUCAACACCGACAUGUUGUCCUGGCAACAUACAUGCUUCCAAUGACAUGAAUUGAUUUGGAGCCUCGCGCAAGUAGAAGUGACAGUACGUAUCAAACCACUAAGUAGAAAGAAGAAAAGGUUAGGGUUUCACCGAUCGUCAAGAUCAUCUCUCCAUUAUCAUCCAUCGCCAUCAUUUUUACUAUUAUCAAUAUCAUCGACACGCCCAAAGGAAAGCUUACAAGAAAGCCGAUGGUGAUCUUAGUGUUCUUUUAAAAAGACUGAACACAGUUGCAAUUACAAUUCCAUAACUAUAAUAACCAUGCAGGUUUGACGGUCUUAAUCGGUCAGAUAAACACAUUAUUUUGGUGUAUUCUCAUAACAUUAACUGGAUGGGAGGGAUUAAAAAAAUGCACUUUCAGGAUUUGGAACAGGCUGCACCGUUUAUUCAAGGUCAAAAUGUAUUGAGUAGGCAAACUAGAUUCUAUUUAUAAAUCUAUUUCAUUGAAAAUGAGUGGCUGUUUAGACGGGUUGAAUAAAAUUGGAAGGUUUGACAA